GAGCGCGGCGGCGUCAGUUGCUGGACGACGACGGACGAGGACGGACGCCGCCGCUCCUCCUCCUUCACCUGCUGCUCCUACUCACCCUCCUCACACCUCACAAUGGGCGCCGGCAGCUCUUCCUCGUCGCUACGCACUAAUGUUUUGGAUGAGAUUCGCUCCAUAUUCAGAAUCUUGGAAGACUUCGAGGAGCGUAAAUUUGAUUUUUCUGCCUUGGGAGGAAUGAAAACUGUCUAUAAGUUAUUUCACUCAUCCCUCAACGAGAUAAAAAGACAAUACACAGUCAAGGAUGAAGAACUGGUUAGCUGUCCAGAGAAGAGAGAGGUUGAGAAUAAUGAGGAAAGGAAACCGGGGGAAAGGGAAACGACUGAACCAAAUCUGGACUCCGUAAUUAAUGAGCUGGAUAAGCUUUGGGAGGAAGAAAUAGCACUAAUGGACAAUGCUGGAGCGGUCUUCUUGUUGAAGUUGCUGUGUGCUAUUCGCUUAACAUUGGAGAAGAUGUUGCACAAGAAUUAUUAGGUUGAAGAAUUUGUCGAGAACGUAGGAAGAACUUAACAAGAGAGUUAUGGAAGAAAAUGGACAAGCACCUGUUAAAAGCAGGUUUAUGGGAGAAAAAAGUUUCUAUCCUAAGUUGUUAGGUGAAAGUCUAAUUUAAUCAAACUUCAAAGAAUGAGGAUUUAUUUUCCCAGGGAAAUUACAAAACCACUCAAGUGCAAUAUUAAAAUUAUUAGUUUAUCAGGAGAGGAUUAAAGCAAAGAGAAUAGCUUGUUCUAAAUUAUCAAUAACUGGAAAUAUAAGAAUGUUUGAUAUAUUAUUUGAAAACAAAUGUGUCAUUGGACGUGUCAAUCAAAAACUUAUGUUCAUGUAGGAGUCUUACGUUCAGUCUUUUCUUAAAAGGUGUAUUUUAUUUGUAAGAUUCAGUAGAACUAAUGUCCUCAAAAUAUAUAUAUAUAAUUUGUAAUAUUCAUUGAAGGAAUACUUUUAAAGGACAAGUUUGCAAUUAAUCUGUUUAUUAGUUCAGUUUAAUUAUUUACAUAAACAAUACCAGUAAGGUUGUUGGUAUUUUCUCCCACUUGCGUAAUGCCACCACAAGUGUCCCCUUCAUAUAGUAACCUUCAACACAUUAUUAUACAAAAUAUUCCUCGCCCACUUGUGUAAUAGGACCACAAAUGUCCCCACCAUAUUGUAACCAACACAUUAUUACACCAAAUAUCUUGCCAUCUUCUGAAAUAUUGUCAUGUUAGUUAUAAAGGACAAUCACAUGUUAUAACUAUUGCAAGGGAAAUUUACUUGUCUGAUGUGUAUUUUUCACUAAUGUAAAAUAACACCUAAUAAAUGUAUAAUUGAUAUUAAUGUUUUUGUUUGUUAUUGGUAUAAUAAAAACAAUUGUCAUUGUUCAA